UAUAUAAGGCGGUGGAGGCGGGGGCUGGGCCUGUCACCCGGAGCAGAGUCAGCCCAAGCACAACGGAGCACAGCUGAGCCUCCUGCUGAAAAGCCCAGCCAUGUGGCAAGGCCUGGGGCUUGCCCUGGCUCUCUGCCUCCUCCCAGGUGGGGGGGCAGAGAGCCAGAGUGCAAGUUCCCACUGCAAGGAAGCCCCAAGGUGGCAAAUCAGGGACCAGGAUCCCAUGCUGAACUCUCUGGGAACGGUGACCGUGGUGGCCCUCCUCCAAGCCAGCUGAUAUCUGUGCAUCCUGCAGGCUUCCAGAUUGGAAGAUCUGCGAGUGAAAUUGGAGAAUGAAGGCUAUUCGAACAUCUCUUACAUUAUUGUCAACCAUCAAGGAAUGCCAUCCCAGCUAAACCACAAAACUCUGAAAGAGAAAGUCUCUGAGCAUAUUCCUGUUUAUCAACAGGAUGAAAAGCAAACAGAUGUCUGGUCUACCUUAAAAGGAAACAAGGAUGAUUUUCUGAUAUACGACAGGUGUGGCCGCCUUGUGUAUCACCUCAGCUUGCCUUACACUUUCCUAAGUUUUUCCUACGUUGAAGACUCUAUCAAGACAACCUACUGUGAACAGAACUGUGGAAACUGCUCGUACACGAUGCCCGAGGCUGAAGAGUUCUGUACCAACACCUCAUCGGCUGCCAAAGAGAAAGCGACGGAGGCGCCCCUGCCCCACAACGACCGCCCGCACCACCAUCACCACCACCACCAUCACCACGGGCACAAGCCUCACCCCUCGGGGACGGAGCAGGCGCCGGCAGAUCCCGACGGUCCUCUGAGAUCCCCCGCCCCUCAGGGCCUCCACAAGCGGCUGAGACCUGCGGGCCAGCCCAGGCAGGGUCAGGGCGGGAGUCGGGAAGCGGCGGAGGGGCGAGGAGAGGAGCUCCCGAGCCCGAGGAAGAAGGCCUGACGCAAGGGCAACGCGAGCUGUCAGAAUCAGUUACUCUGAGAUUGGCACAAGCGCUCCGGGCCUGCUCCGAGUAGCUGAUGCUGACACUGUCGCCACCUGCUCUUCGGGAGCAAGGCGACAGCCACGGCCCUCUGACAGUGCAGAGACGCCCUCCCGGCUCUGUGCAGCUGACAGGGCCGGCAGUCAGGGGAAGACGUCAUUGAAUCUUGACAGUGACGUUCCCCACUGCCGGCCUGACCGCCAGCGGCCCAGUUGCCCUCGCCCUCACCCACAGACCCCAACGCAGCCUGAAAAUGAGAAAAUACGGCCGGAAUGUGAAAGUGACCCACACGUUAAACAUUUUUAAACCGAGUAUACCACCCCCUCAUGCUCCUCUGCACUAGGGUCAAUCCCGGUGCUGAGAGGGACGUGAGAUUUAUUUUUUAAACCAACUAUAAAGGCCCUUAAUUAAUCCAAGCUACCGGAGGGGCCAAAUGAAUUUGACCAAAGGUAAUUGGCGAGAAAAUUAUAUACUAAUUUGGCCUGCAAAGUGGGAAUCUCCUACCCUGGAGUUUUGAACCGAGCCGUAUUUGAUCAUUUCAGAGCCUGGUGAAGGGCGAUAGUGUGUCUGGGAAAUCUGUCUUUCUUGCUUGCCUCCUGCCGUUCUGCUUGCAUUUAUGAGAACAGAAACAUAAACUAUAAACCUAGGGGUUUCUGUUGGAUAGUUAGCAAUCAAGAAUGGGAGACAAUCGAAAAAGACGGGUUUGCCUUCCUUUUUUUACUAUUACUUAUCUCCUCUGAGGAAACUAGCCAGUAGUUUUUUUUAAAUGGCUUCUUUUCUUAAACUGAUCCCAAAAUCACGGAGGACGGUUACACCUCGUUGUAGCUUGAGAUGCAGAAAUAGGGAACUGACUGAGGUUUUUGCCCCAGGAGAAUGUGCCAUCCUGAAGACAUGGGGCUAUACCAUUAUCUGUAUUGCUUCAAAAUUAAUAGUUUUUCUAUACUUGGACGUUUUUAUAGUUUCAGAUUCCUACAUUAGUUUUAGAAUAUUACACACUAAUGAAACAUUUGACAAGUUUUACUUUUAUUUUCAAGAAAAACAUUUGAGAUUGUCUAUUUGAAAAUGUGUUGAGGGGAGAGGAACUGAUGCUGUUUAUGUGGGAAUGGCUUAGAAAGUAUUUGCCAUAGUUAAUGACGGUUCAGUAGGGAAAUCCAAUCCUAUGAACCUGAGCUCUUCUAUGGUUAAUGCUAAUAAGCCCCGGGGGUGAGCAGAGAUAAAAGAUGGGGCACAUUUGGAAUUUUAGAUAAACUCAAUUAAAAAAAAAA